UCUAUCCAUCCAUCAAGCCAACCCCCUCUGCUGCUCCACUCAUAAAACCAUCAAACACCCAAAAUCUCUCUCCACACCACCAAGCGACCAACUCAAACACCAUGACGUCUCCCGUUCUCCACUCCCCUCCUCCUCCAUCCAACAAGUGGGCCCCGUACUCGAGCGCCAAGGACUUCGACACCAACAUGGCCACCAUCGUCGUAGUCCUCGUCUGCGCCACCAUCCUGGCCUUCUCCCUCCAUGCCGCCGCCCGCUGCCUCCUCAGCCGCUACCGUCGCGGCCGUCGCCAAAACGAGCACCACGAAACGCUGGCGGACGAGAAGGGGAAGUUCGGAAACGCGGCGGCGAAGCUGGCGGAGGUGCUGCCGUCGCUGGUAUACACGGCGGGGACGAGGCUGGCCGGGGCGGAGGCGGAGUGCGCCAUCUGUUUGGCGGAGUUCGCGGAGGGGGAGCGCGUCCGAGUGCUGCCAGCCUGCAACCACGGCUUCCACGUCAAGUGCGUCCAGGCCUGGCUCGCCUCCCGUCCCUCCUGCCCCACUUGCCGCGCCACCGUCGCCGCCGGCGAGCUCCCGGAGGAGCCUUGAGAUCCUGGGAAACGAGUCCAAGAAACCGCGCAUGUCGAGAGGAACCGCCAUGUAUAAGACUGAGCGGAGCGGCUUUUUUUUUUUUUCCUUUUCUUUUCCUACUAAUUCCUCUAGAACUCUUUAUUAACUUUUAUUGCCCGAGUGAAGGUUGUUCUGUUCUGGAGGUAAAGCGUGCCACUUUUAUAUAUUAAAAAAAAAGUGCAAUAUAGUUUCUUCUUCGAGGAAAAGUACGUUGUUUCCUGUUUUUUGUCUAAUUAAUUUUUUUGGGUAAGAUUUUGGCCAAUAAUUACUUUGCUGAUAUUUUUAGGAGCUAGUUUUGCGCCACCAGGCCUUCUAAAAUUUAAUUAUAGUGGCGUUUCCCGGGUGGGUGUGAUUUGGA